UGUUUCCUGUGUCAGAGUUUGUGCCACACGGGACUGUUUCGGUUAGUUCACGGUUAUUGUUUUUGUGUUCAUGUUGAGUUUUUCAUAUUAAAAACCAUGGACACCUGCCACACUGCAGUGGAAGAGGAGGAAAUCUGCCGUGACAUCAUCAGAGGAGGAAGACUGUUACACUCAGUGUACUCCAAGGACAUGAAGUGGGUCCUUAUUGGGAACCAAGCUGAUGUGUUUGCAGAUAUCGACAUCGAUCCAAUACAUGGGGACAUCCUUCUGGCGCAGCUCCGGCCUGGACAGGAGCUGGAUAUAGUCAUGCACUGCGUGAAAGGCAUUGUUUCUGUAGAAUCCACUGGCAUCCUGGCACCUGAUGUUUUGGUCAGAGGCCAUCAAAGUUCUCAUGACCAAGUGUCGAAGAUUCCUCAGUGAGCUCGACUCCAAGGAGAUGGAAUAAGAGCAACUAAGUUGGACCACAUGUAAAUACCCACUACAGGGGUGAGACAUAUGUGUUGAGUCUGUGUGCAACAUGCUUUGGACCAGGAAUGGGCAACUCCAGUCCUUGCAGCCUGAUUGGUGUCAUACUUUUUUCUCCCAUCUAACGCCUGUCUCCAAUAAACUAAUGAUAUUCAGUUCAGAAUGCAAUUAGUUUAAUCAGCUGUGUUUGCAAGGAAUAGGGGAGAAGUGGGACACCACUCUGCCCCUGAGGUCUGAAGUUGCCCAUCCCUGCUUUGGACAAAGCCAGUUGGAAUAAAAGCCAGUUGGAAUAAAAGCACCCUGUAAAAAUGCUGAGGAUGCUUUGUUUUUUACUACCAUCCUAGAUUAACUUGAGUUUGAAUUCCUUUGUCAAAAUGUACCCAGCAUGAGACGGUUUGUCAUCCCCAAUAAGGGUUGUGCCACUUAUGUACUAUAUUUUGUAUGCUAAUGAAUGUUUGUCACUUGAAAAUCCUUAUGGCUCAUGUCAUUAGCCCAUUUGUAGAGUUGUGCCUGAAGUCCAGCCUUUUAGGUAAAACCAUUACAAGAUCAUUUGUUUUUAGUAUUUACUGAAUGAAGAGGGUGGUAACUCUUAAGCAUAUAGUACACAGUGAGGUACAGUUAUGUUUUGUGUACUGUAUAUACUUGUGCGACAGAAGUAAAGCACAUUACAUUUUACUCUAGAUAUUGCAAAGUCUGUGUAUUUCCAUCAGUCCUAUUCCAGUGUGUACAUUGUUUGAAGGUGUCUUGAAACAAGCUAGGGUAUGCAUUGGGCCCAGUUUCCCGAUAGCGAUGUAACAUGCGUUUCACAAAACACUACGAGAGACCUUCGCUCAGUGCGUCGUUACUGAUCGAAAUAAAUUAUGCACUGCUUUCAGAUCAGCGUUCUCCCUGUAACAAAUAUUGAGGCGGCUUAUUCUAAUGCGUACCCUAUAAAGCACUAAAGAUUUGGCACAUUGCGCGCACAUGAAAUACAUUGAGGCAAAUUACACUGCGCGCACACAUAGCUAAAUACUACUAUUGAAAUCACAUUAAUUUUUCUUCACUAUAAUACAAAUAUAUAGGCACAUGUGGCAUACAGUAUUUAUCUUGUAAUAGUCAUCUCGGUUUUCAUUUGAAGUGUCUAUCAUUCGCUUGUUAUGCAAAGAAAUGGGCGUUUUUGUAUUUGGAAGGUCAAACGAUGUUAGGCUUCAUAUGAAAUGUAUUGAGACAAAUUAGCCUACUGAUCUUAGCAAAAUAACUUAAUUGAUUGAACAUUAAAUGUAUUUCAAUAUGAUUGAAUAGGCAUAUAGCCUACUGUAUUUGUAUUUUAAUGCAGUCAUCUUGGUUUUAAUUUGAAGCUUUUUUUAUACGUCGCUGGUUUGUAUCAAUUGAAAGACGUUGGCAACUUAUUUUGUACUCAACUUUGUUAUUUAGCGGUCACGGAGAGGGGGAUAAACCACGUGAUUCCAUGUUUAGUGGAAAUCUGUGUAUUUAAGUGGUCAAAAAAGCAUGGAACGACGCUGUUGCAGGUGUGUAUGGUUGCAUUGUUACAAGCUUUUUCAAGUGCAACGUUAAUAAAGAUGGUUUUGGGAAACAACUCGGAGAUGUAACGAUGAAUUUAGCCUUAACAUGCCUUUGGGAAACCAGGCCUAGCGCUGGACACAGCUCCUUGCACGGACGACAGCAGCGACAUAGACUGCUCUUUUCUUUGCUCAAGUGAAUUGAAAUGGUUGUGUACAAUAUUGCAAGACUUUCUUCGAGCACAGUUCAGAGAGAGAACGUUCCCUAUACGUUCCCUAUAAAACGUCAUUUCCCCUAUCCGUAGCAAAUUAAGAUGGCUGCCGUUGUAGAAGGAGUAGAGCGAGGUUUUGAAGCCCUGGAUUGCGACUCGGUGUUGCCGAGAUUGUCUACACCACCUCCGGAUCAACCACACCAGAACAACCCGCUAUUAGGACUUCCCAUUGUGGCGAUUGAGAUGGUUUUCAAUUUCCUGUCUUACGACGAAAUCAGCCUCAUACGCUUGGUAUGCAAGCGCAUGGACAUGAUCUGUCAGCGCAUGCUGAACCAAGGCUUCCUCAAGGUGGAGCGCUACCACAGCCUGUGCCAGAGGCAGGUCAAAGCCCAGCUGCCAAGGCGGGAGUCAGAGCGGAGGAACCACUCACUGGCCCGUCAUGCUGACAUCCUGGCUGCUGUAGAAACGCGCCUCUCCCUACUCAACAUGACCUUCAUGAAAUAUGUGGACUCAAAUCUCUGCUGCUUCAUCCCUGGCAAGGUGAUUGAUGAGAUCUACCGUGUGCUGCGCUAUGUGAACUCUACACGCGCUCCCCAGCGAGCUCACGAGGUGCUGCAGGAGCUGCGGGACAUCUCUUCCAUGGCCAUGGAGUACUUUGAUGAAAAGAUUGUCCCCAUCCUGAAGAAGAGGCUUCCUGGGGCCGACCUGUCAGGGCGCCUCAUCGGAUCUGCCCCAGUGGCCGGCCCCUCUACCUCCCUGACCACCAUGUCCCUGCUGGCCAAGAACACGCCGUCACGCUCUGAGAUGACCAAGGUGCAACAGCAGGUGAAGGUGAAUGGGGUGUCCAUGACUGCGCUGCGGCGGGAGAUGCAAGAGGUGCGUGUCAAGCAGCUGGAGCAGCAGAAGCAGCUGCAGGACCAGGAGCAGAAGCUGCUGGAGCAGACUCAGGUUAUCGGUGAGCAGAAUGCCCGGCUGGCUGAGCUGGAGCACAAGCUCAGGGAACUGAUGGACAGUACGGUGGGGGGAGGGGGCAGGCCAGCCGUAGCCUCCACCUCCUCGGCUUCUUCCUCAACAGGCUCAGCUGCCGUCGCCACGUCUUCUGCUGCUGUCACCACGGCAGCCAGUGCCAUGGCCGCAGCGGUGGAGACGGAGGGCAGCCCAUCCCUGAAACGCACCAGGAAGAGCUCAGACCUCCUGCGUCAGUCCAAACGUCUGCGUAGCAAGAAAUAGGACGCUCAAUGUGAUUUGGGGUUCAGUCUGAUUGGACCUCCCAUGUCCUGUGACAUGAUUUUAAUUCUUAUUGUUUGGAAUGUCUUUAAGAAAGCGGGGUCAUGGUAAAGAAGUCUAGAGUCACUGUGUCCCUGGUGUUGUAUCCCCCUUGUCAUUGCCCUCUCAAAUUCACACAAACUACACCAUGGACAUGUUUUAUGCUGAUUAGACCAGCAUAUUUGGGCAAGAGUGCUUGUAGUCUCCACAGUUUAACCACUGACUCUAAAGCCACUAAGAAUUUGCACAUUAGUUAAAGGGUGAGGGUUAGGUUAAAGUCUAAAACACUCAAUCUUUGUGUUCACUCUUGCUUGUCCAUCAACAAAAGUCAAUCCACAUGAGGGUUUUGGCUCCUAGUCAGGAGAGAGUCUUUGCUGUGAAGAUGAGAAGUAAUGAGCGUUUUCUAAUGUGCAUUGAAUAACCACUGUAGAGGUUGACUUUGGGUGGGAAAAAUGCAUUGAAAAUAUUGUCUAGACGAGAUCACUUCGUGGGGGUGUUCUGCCUCUGAACCAAUUUUGUUGACUCAAAUAACAUUUUUUAGUUUAAGAUUGUAAUUGUUUUGUUCUGUCUUUGCCAGGUUGGAUUGCUUCAAAAUAUCCUUGCUCAAUGUUGACCGUUUACUGUCCCCUGAUAGGAAUACCAUCUUAUUUCUUUAUUUUCUGAGACCGGCUAAAUUAGUAGAUUUUGGCAAUUACCAUUUUUUGUGUGCGUGCAGUUUUAAGGUAGUUUACAAGCUAGCUGUUCUGUUCGACUUCGUCAUUACGCUAACGCUACUUUGCAAUGGCUCGAGAAACUAUCUUUAACUUCAAACUGCACGCAGGGACAUAAAUCUUACACCAUCCCUUUAAAAAAGGAUUUGAUUCCUGCCUUGGGGGGAUAUUACAUUACUUGCCCCUCCCAUCGAACAUUUGGUGCAAUGUUUUUUUUUGUUUUGUUUUUUUGAGUAAGUUAUUCUCAAUUUUUAGUACUUAAGUUAACCCUCCCCCAAAAAAUAUAAUCUUGCCCAGAGCAAAUUGUCUAUUUUAGUCUGGUUUUGUGAGAUUUCACAUAAUGCAAUGGAGAGGUUUUUUGAGGGGUUCCUGUUGUAAGUGUUCAGUUAGUGAAAGGAAAACGCUGUUGAUUUGAAAUGCAUUCCUGUGUUCCACAUGAACAUGCUGUCUUUAGCACGCCCUGUUGAGUUGAAGACAGGCAGGCUAAUGUGUAGAUUGAUCAUGCAGCCGAGGUAGCGUCUCUAAAGCCAUGGUGCCUGGGAAAUGGAGGAAAGGGACUCUUUUUACAUUAGGCAAUGGAAGGACUGCUAUAGGAGCCCACAAGACUUCUACUUUUCAGAGAUCAUUCAUUUUUCCUUCAGUGCUACAGUAAUUUUGCUCCACCAUUGACUAUAUGUUUUUUGAGAUUACAUUCAUUGAUCAAAUGGCUGAAAUUAUGCUAGCUCAAAUGCUAACCCCAUGUUUAUACUAGUCUGUGUAAAAGGGGAAUUGUAUGCAGUCAAGUAUCGGCUCUCUUUGGGGAAGAUGAAUCAAAGCUUUAUGUAAGGAGUUGAAAUUGCCACCUGAAUCAAUUGACCAGACUGGUGGUUCUGUCUUAGUGGUCAAAGGUAAAUUUGGCACAAAAUGUCUCCACUCCAGUGUGUCAUUUGCAGUUGUCAUCUAGGUCAGCGUCUGUAUAUUAAACUUAUUGUUAUGCUAUCUUUGUACACCAAAAAAGUUGAGUCCUAUGUAACACCAAGAUGAAUCUGUUUAAGAAGCAUUCAGAUUUGCCAAAAAACUACAGUUGAGGUUUACCAAUGAUGUUUUAAGCCCUACUAAAGAAAUUGGGAAAGGAGUUCAACUAAAAGUGACAAGGAUUUUAAGUCUUAGUUUUCUCCUUAAUUGCUACAAAAAGUACAUUUCUCUUGCACAACAUCACCCAUCCCAUUUUAAGAUAUUUUUACACUCACGGUUCUCUUUUGCCUCGUGAGGUUUGGGGACACUCUUUUCAUACCACUUUGAUACAGCUACGACCGGUAUUGUUCUUCGUAGCCGAUUAGGACAUUUUUGCUAACCCUACCCUUAACCUCAGUGUCCUAACAUGCUACCUUAAUUAUCCUAACCUGCGUAAGUUCUCUUAACCUGCUACGAAAAAGUAACUUCUGGUCGUAGCUGUAUCGAAGUGGAGUGAAAAGGUUUUCAUUUUUUGUGAGGCUAGCUUGUGAGCCCAUAUUGCGGCUGGAAAUUAGUGACCACUACUUGUGGCAUGAAACUUUUGAGGCAUACUGGGUAAUGCAGUUCACAACUGAGUGGACUCAAGUGUGUAUUAUAAAUGCACUGGGCAGGAAACACUUAUCUAGUGGCUUAAUUUGAGACUGCGUCUCAGUUUAGAAAUGAGUGUACUGUAAAAUUCAUGUACUUCAAAAGUGUAGAUUGCAUUAUUGUAUGUAUUAAGACAAAUCUUGUAAAUUGGCCUAUUUGGGGUUAACUGUAUGGGUUGUUACACACAUUACCGUUACAAAUGAAGCAUUAAAAGAAGUUAACAUAUCCAGA